GCAGGAGGGCUCACACAGACGGAGAGAGAUAUCUGAACCUUACGGGCUGGAAGGGUGACUCGGCUUCCCAAAGGAACCAAAGACGCGCUGCCCGUUUUCAGCCGCGUUAAGAUCAUCUCAAUUUACGUGCAGGGUGCACGUUUUUACGCAUUAUUCUUUAAGAAGAAACCAAGGAGUGCGGGUUAAAUUUUUUUUUAAAUGGAGAUCAUGGACCUUACGGUCGAAUUAGUUCUUAUGAAGUAAAACCUGUUGCCAGUUCGACCCGAGCUGGUUUUCCAUUUCAGGUUUGCUGGUGGAUGUGAUGCUGGACUCUUGUUUGCGCACUGGCUGGUAGUUGGAGCGAAGUUUGAAGUUGUAGGCCACUUAUUUGCGAGGCAUCAUGCAUGUGUCUCUGGCUGAGGCGCUGCAGGUUAGAGGAGGGCCGCUGCAGGAGGAGGAGGUCUGGGCCGUCCUGAACCAGAGCGCAGAGAGUCUGCAUGAACUCCUCCGCAGAGGUUCGACAGAUCCAUCUGCAUUGGGUUUUAUCAUCUCUCCAUGGUCGCUGCUGCUCAUGCCUUCUGGAAACAUCUCUUUCACAGAUGAAAAUGUCACACAGAAGGAUCUGCAGGCUUUCACUCCUCCAGAGAUGCUGGAGGGUCUCAACCUCUCCUCGCUUUCUGAUAUGGAAAAGAUGCACGUGUAUUCACUUGGCAUGACGUUGUUUUGGGGUGCAGACUAUGAGAUUCCACAGAGCCAGCCAAUGAAACUAGGAGAACAUCUGAACAACGUCCUGCUCAACAUGUGUGAUGACUCCACGCUCACCCGACUGUCCGUACGGUCGGCUCUGGACACCUGCAGCGCUCACAUCCGUAACUCCAACUGUGACCCUUCCUUUUCAUACAUCAGGAAGCUGGUGAGGCUCGUUCUUGGCAGUCUCUCUCAGCUGGAUGGUCUGUUGUCUCAAAGUGAAAGGGAGUCACUUCCAGAGAGAAGCAAAGAGAUUCGUGAACGUCUGCGAGGAAAAGGCCUUCCAGCAGGCCGUAGUGCCGCCCAUCGUGUGCUGGAGCGUUACAGAGCCCGAACCCAGGAGCAGGCCAACCUGAACCGCGGACUCAGUCGCUCUAUGGGCUCUCUUCCCAUCCAGGACCUUGUCAGAGCGGAUGAGGGUCUCAGUUCGUACCCCACUUCAGAGUACCACGCUGGGUCCGAAUCCUCUGCCGAACUCUACCAUCAACGCCAACAGCAACAGCUGCAACAGCGCGGCCGACCCCUGGAGGUGAACCAGCAUUCACACCCCCAUCAGAGAAACAAAAGCUGGGCCUCCUCAGCAGACCUGGCCUGCCUCGACCCGGAUAUGCUCCGCUUCGGGGCCCUGGAAGACGCCCGCAGGGGCAGCAGCGCCCUGAGCACCCGCUCGGCCGGUCAGCACAAGUCAUCUUCCAAGUCCAGGGACUCCCGGUACGCAGACUUUGGCAGCCUAGAUGUCAGGAAGGCCCAUCACCAUUCGAGCCAGUCCGUCGGCUCGGCGUUCAACAGCGCUUACGACCGCAUCAGAGAGAAGCACAAGAAACUGCAAGCUCUCAAACAGGCCAUGGAUGAUCCCCUGCAUACUCACAGAAGAUACCACAGCGACUACAGCUCCUCCAGCGAAAGCCCCUCCAUAACAUCAUCAGACCCCGACUACAGACAAGCUAAGAAGCCGGAAGAUUUAAGGCGAUACAGCUCUCAGGUCGGCCUGUCAGAGCAUGACGCCAUUUCACUCAGCAGUGCACAGAGACACAGACUUUUUGAGGUGGGUCAGGAUGAGCUGUCAGGCACAGAACUUCUGAUCCAGCGUCAGGAAGAGUUGCACAGGCUCCAGGCCCGGCUAUCUAGAGCCUCCAUCUAUCCCGGCGAAGACCCACGUGCCUCCAUUCUGGACCUGGCUGAGCCCCUUCGCAGCAGUCCUUUGGAAGCAGGCCUUCAUCCACGCAAAUUUAAAAAUUUGUUUGGCCCUGAGUUUGUGAGGAUGAGCAGCGAGCCAACUGUGGUUUUAACCGUUCCUUCAUCCAUAAUGCAGAACAAGCGUGGGAAGGUGGAGGAGAGUCAGAGGAAGGUGGGGGUGGUCUUACUGAACGGGCAGAAGUUGGAGCUGUGUUGCGAUGUGAAGGCGGUCUGUAAGGAUGUUUUGGACAUGGUCGUAGCUCACAUUGGACUGGUCGAGCACCAUCUCUUCAGUCUCGCCUACUUUAAAGAUGACGAGUUCUUCUUCAUUGAACCUGAUGCCAAACUUUCAAAGGUGGCGCCUGAAGGUUGGAAGGAUGACCCGAGGAAAAAGAAGAUGGAUGUCAAUUUUAAUCUGUUCCUACGUAUCAAGUUCUUUCAGGAUGAUGUCAGUCUGAUACAACACACAAUGACCAAACACCAGUACUACUUGCAGCUGCGGAAGGAUAUAUUAGAGGAGCGGGUACGCUGUGACCUGGAAAAUGCCAUGAUCUUGGCAUCUCUGGCACUGCAGGCAGAGUUUGGGGACUAUCAGACUGAGCUUCACGGAAAGACAUAUUUCCGAACGGAGCACUACCUCCCUGCUUCGGUUCUGGAUAAGAUCGAUCAGACCACCAUUAAAGAAGAGUUACCCAAACUCCACAGCUCAUACUACAACGCUUCAGAGCAGGAGGCCGAACUUGAGUUCCUCAAGGUGUGCCAGAGACUGCCGGAAUAUGGAGUUCACUUCCAUCGUGUGCUUCCAGAAAAGAGAUCCUUGACUGGCAUCAUGCUGGGCAUUUACUCGAAAGGUGUCCUCAUCUUCGAGGUCCUGAAUGGAAAUCGAACCCCUGUGCUAAGGUUCCCCUGGAGGGAUACCAAGAAGAUCUCUUUCACGAAAAAGAAGAUUUGCUUGCAGAACACUUCGGACGGGAUCAAACAUCUGUUUCAGACAGAUAGUCCGAAGACCUGCCAGUAUCUGCUGCACCUGUGCUCGGCCCAGUACAAAUUCCACCUGCACAUGAAAGCCAGACAGAACAACCAAGAACUGCAGGACCUGGAGAACUCUCCUCUGAGCAGUCUGCAGUACUCUGAUGGGAUGGGUGCAGUUAGUCUGUCCCCCAGCUCUGACCCUGAACUCUACAAGAGGAUGUCCUACUCUGAGAUCUCCCUCAGCAAGGGUUCGAGUCGGAUCUCUGUUCCUCCCGAACCACCUUAUCCAGGGUUCAGCAGCAGCUCCAACCCCAGGAUGAAGAGUCGUUCCCAUCAUAACUUGGGUCAGCUGCCUGAGUCGCCAGAGCACAGGAUGGUGCCUUUCAGUAGCCAAUCACAGAGCAGCAUGACACGUUCACAAGUGCUUGCAUCAACACACCAGCGUGCAAGCUCCGACACGGACUCCAUCGCUGUCGCCAGACAGCAGGAAGGUGUGUUCAGCAGCACGGUGGAUGACAGUCCCCGCUGGAGCCCCAAAAGCUUGAAGAAAGAGUCCGACUCUUCCUCCUGUGAGGACACGGGACAGGCGUAUGUCGUAGGUGUGAGCAUGCACAGCUCUGGAGUGCCCUCUACUCCUGCCUCCUCCAUAGGAAUCACUGACGCCUUGAAGAAGAAAGUACAUGCCUUACCCUCCCCAGAGCAAGAGAUACAGACCAUAAAUCUGAAGAAAGAUGUCAAGUACGGGCUGGGCUUUCAGGUGGUAGGUGGAGAGAAUUCUGGCCGUCAGGACCUCGGCACAAUCAUCAGCUCCAUCACACCAGGUGGACCAGCUGAGAUCAACGGCUGUCUGAAACCAGGUGACAGGCUGUUGAGUGUGAAUGAUGUCAGUCUGGAGAGCCUGUCACAUGACACUGUGGUGGAGGUUCUGCAGAAUGCCCCUGAUGAUGUCACACUGGUGGUCUCUCAACCUAAGGAGAGACUGUUUCCAGACUCUCCUUCAGGAAUCCAUCACUACAAAUCAGCCACACAAAAUCAGGAAGUAGACGUCGACUCUUCCUCUGAAGAUCAUACACGCUCCCCCAGCCCUCCUGCUGCCUCCAGCAAAACAUCUCCUCUUCAGUCCAUUCGACAGGGGAGCGUCAGCUCGCAGGACUCCAGGACAGAGAGCGCCGGCCUCCUGCAAACAAAUCUCAAUGGAUUCCAUCGCAACGUUCCCACCGAGGGUUCUGCACCCGUGCAGUCCAUCCCCACUGACAGCAAACCCUCUGUUGAAGCUACACCACCAGCUUUACCCCCUAAAACCAGAAAAUCCAAAGUGCCAGACAUUCCUAAAGAGCUGGAAUACUCCGACAGAGGGGAUUCGGACAUGGAUGAAGACACGUACUCAAGUAGCCAAGAGAAACAUAAGACUACAAAGGGCGGAUCAAACACAACAGUGAGGCAUGGAGGGAUAUACGUCAAAGGUGUCAUUCCUAAAGGAGCAGCUGAGCUGGAUGGGAGGAUAAAGAAAGGUGAUCGUGUGGUGGCUGUGAAUGGGAAGAGUCUUGAAGGAGCGACUCACAAACAGGCUGUAGAGAUGCUGAGAGACACUGGACAGGUGGUGCAUCUGUUGAUGGAGAAAGGUCAGCCCCCAAAAGACAGUAUCCAUGCCCCUCUGACCCCACAAGGCACUUCUGAACCUCAGAAUGCAGCUGCAGAGGAGCCGCCACCACCACCUCCAAAGAAAGCAGAAUACAGCUUCAUUACUCCAGAAAACACAUUUGAGGUGGGUUUGCUGAAGAACACGUCCGGUCUGGGCUUCAGUUUCAGCCGUGAGGAGAACGUUCCCGGAGAGCCUGUGGGCUCCAGCAUGGUCCGGGUCAAGAAGCUGUUUCCAGGGCAGCCCGCAGCUGAGAGUGGCCGCAUCGAAGUGGGCGACGUCAUUCUACGUGUCAAUCAGACGUCACUCAAACGACUGUCACAACAUGAGGUGAUCUCUGCUCUGAGGGGCACAGGACAGGAGGUGACCCUUCACUUGUGUAGACCUGCACCAGGGGUCUUACCUGAGAUGGACCCUGCCAUUAAAACUCCCGUACCCUCUCCACGAAAGGAACCCCGUCCCAAGCCCCAGCCUGAUGCCAAGACGAGCUCCCCGCCUCAGACGGAGCGCCCUCGUGCGGUGGGUCCUGUGGAAGAGGCUCUGGAGAGGCUGAUGGUGAAGUCGCCCAGUCGCAGGGACAGUUACAGCGACAGCACAGACAACGACGAGCUGGAGGAGGCCUUCAGCCCCGCCAACCUGGAGCAGGCCAGUCAAGCCUGGGACCGGAGUGUCUACCAGACCCCCAUGGGAAGACUCCCAUACGAGGCCGAUAUAGACGACACCAUACGAUCGGCUUAUUACUCACCCAGACAGUCCAUGUCUAGACCGGAUGUCAGCAGAAGUGAUUUGGACAGCUCUGCAGUUCGUAUGUCAUCUUCUCCAGCCCUGCCUGAGAUUGGGAUCCUGAGCCCCAGUCCAGACCCUCUUCCUCCACCACUGCCAAACCCGGUUAACCUCCGUCUACAAGAUCAUGGCCAGGAGGAAGAGUUCAUCCCUGAGGUGGAGUUGAAGGUUUCUCUGGUGAAGUCUGAUAAAGGAAGUUUAGGUUUCACUCUCACCAGAGGGAACGACAACAAUUGCUACAUCCAUGACAUUAUCCAGGACCCUGCUAAAGGAGACGGCCGACUGCGUCCAGGGGACCGCAUGAUAAUGGUGAAUAACACAGAUGUGUCCGGCAUGAAUCACACCGAGGUGGUCAACCUGGUGCGUGCCGCCCCCAAAGUCGUAGACCUCGUGGUGGGCCGUAUCCUCGAACCUCCCAAACCACCAAUAGAGGCCCACCUCCUUCCCGACAUCACGUUUCAGUGCCACGACGAGUCCUUAGGGCUUGUUCUCGAUGGAGGAAGUGACAGUGGGUUGGGCGUGCUGUACGUAAAGGACAUCAUCCCAGGAUCUGGAGCCGCUGCGGAAGGCAGCUUGAGACAAUUGGAUAUCAUACAUUACAUCAACGGCGCUCCGACGCAGGAUCUGACCUUGAUUGAGAGCCGCAGACUCCUGCAGCUGUCACUGAGGAAUCUCAGUCUCAAAGCCACCAGGGAUGGGAAGCCUGUUUUUCCGGGUGAGGAGCAGAUUUCAUUACUAAACAAUAACGUCAGUCCUAGAGUCUCACAGAGUAUGAAUGGUUAUCUCCAUGGCAACGAUCGUAAUGAAUUGGAGGCCCUCUCCGGUAUCUGUCCCGCUGAGGAGCAGAUUGUGAAGCUGCAGUUGGAGAAGCCGCCAGCAGGAGGCCUGGGCUUUUCUGUGAUUGGUGGAGAGAGGGGUAUUUUUGUGAAGUCCAUCACCCCUGGAGGCACCGCAGACACCGCGGGCACAUUGCAAGUUGGCGAUCGUUUACUGAAGGUGAAUGAGGAUCUGAUGAUCGGUGUGUCUCACUCUAAAGCCGUCACCACCAUCCGUAAAGCUAAAGGCUUGGUGCACCUCAUCGUCUCCCGUCCUCCUGACCAAAUGCCCAACACGUACCUGGGCUUUCUGCCUCUCAAAUCCAACGGUGUGAAUGGCGACAAUGAUGUGAGUGAGGACAGCGGUGUGAAGACAAAAAUCCAGACGCCAUCAGAGCAAAGCAAGACCAACCCACCUCCCCUCCCUCCAAUAGACUAUGACACUGGCUCUCUAGAGAAAGGGAAGGGAACAGAAGGAAGUGGUGACCUAUCAGAGGACACAGACUGUGACGGCUCGUCUCUGCCGGAAGACUCCCCAGAGACGUCUCGGAAGGCUGAGUGGAAGGAAGAAAAUAUUGAUGUUCCACUGAAUGACAGUGCCCUGCGGUCAUCGUCGGGUCAGCCGGAUGAGGAUGAGAUCACAUGGGGGAGUGAUGAGCUGCCGAUAGAGAACAUCAACUCUAAAUUUACUGAAGAUGGACCCAUUGUCACUGAAGAAGAGUUGACGUCUCUGCCGCUGGUUAAAGUGGUUCCUGACGGUCAUUAUACAUCCGCUAACCUCAACACUAUAGUCCUUAUGAUGAGAGGCCUGCUGGAACAGAAAGUUCCUCUGCAAGAGUUUGAGAACCUGCAGAAUUUGCGCCCCUUGGAUGAAUGUCUGAUUGGUCAAACCAAAGAGAACAAGAAGAAAAACCGAUACAAGAACAUUGUUCCAUUCGACACAACCAGGGUCAUGCUGGGGAAGGAUGGUGGCUACAUCAAUGCCAACUUCAUCAAGAUGCCUGUGAAAGAUGAGAACUUCCUGUACAUCGCGUGUCAGGGGCCACUGCCCACCACGCUGGGGGACUUCUGGCAGAUGGUUUGGGAGCAGAAGUCCAACGUGAUUGCCAUGAUGACACAGGAAGUGGAGGGGGGGAAGGUGAAAUGUCAGAGGUACUGGCCCGACACACCUCGCUCGCCCGCGAUGGUGGACGACCGGCUGCAGAUCACACUGGUCAAAGAUCAGCACCUGGACAACUUCGUCAUCCGCCUCAUAGAGGUCAAAGACAUCCAGACUAAUGAGAUCCAGAGAGUCACUCAUCUGAACUACACAGGCUGGCCUGAUCAUGGAACCCCAACUCAACCAGAACAGCUCCUGACAUUCAUUUCCUACAUGAGACACAUCCACCAAUCAGGGCCCAUCAUCACCCACUGCAGUGCAGGGAUUGGCCGAUCAGGGACGCUGAUCUGCAUAGAUGUGGUUCUUGGCCUCAUCAGCAAAGAUGCAGAUUUUGACAUAUCAGAUGUGGUGCGUACCAUGAGACUCCAGAGGCAGGGCAUGGUGCAGACAGAGGAACAAUACAUUUUCUGCUACCGGGUCAUCUUGUAUGUGCUCAGAUGUCUGCAGGCGGAAGAGCAACUCUCGGGAUAAAGCGUGGAGCCCACUGUCUUCCUGCUCUCCUGACAGGCUCGAGAGAUCAGCUGAAAUACCAGCGGCUCCAGUCAUCACCGUGUUCAGAAGCAGUUUCUUUAUAUUCCUAUCAGGGGCUUUGACCUCGUCAGAACACAUUUGUCUUAAGAUGUUUUGGACGUCAGUGACGUGUACAAUCCUUGCAGAAUUUUGUCUAUUCUUAUGGCUUACAUUCUUGACCAUUGGCUGCUACUUCUUUAAAACCAUUUCUUUUAUAAUUUAUCAUUUUUUGUUAAAAAAACCCAGUUUUUAUAGAUUCCUUAAAGAUUACGGAUCAAAUAAAUAAGAAAUGAAUUCAUAUUUUUUUGUGGUACAAAAUUCUUCUUGUGCAUUUUAAAUGAAAUGAUGCUGGAAAUGUUGCCUUGACAGAAUACGAGACAGUAUUUGCUUUGUAAAUCUUUUAGAAAUCGGUGCCAGUGGUAAUCGGCGAAAUUUAAAGUGUUAUAUUAAGUGUGAUAUUUAUCUCAUGAAAUCUGUUGAUAUGUUUUAAAGCUGUUACAUACUGGACAAUUUGCAAUUUGUAAAUAAAAGAAUAUCAUGCCUUUAUGGUUU